ACACGAUUGCUAUCCACCAUCUCCUCUCUCUCUCUCUACAACUUACUUUUCCACAUUCAAAAUAACUCUCUCUCUCUCCCGCCAUGAUCAAAGCCGCCCACCUCAGCCCCCGCUGCUUCUUCACUCCGUAUCCAAUUUGCCCCCUUAAGUUUCUAUGAAAUAGGUUUCUCAUCCGAAUCUGUUAUGGCAUCACCAGUGUGCCCAUCCUGUCCAUUGGUGCCGAGAGCGGGCAGGAGAGCCAUUAAACAAAAUAGAAUUAAGGUUCAAUCCUGCUGGCCCAAUCAUCCUGUCCCAUGGACUGGAUUCUCACAAAGGGCUCAUAAGUACAAUAAUCAACUAGAGCCUGUGAAUUUCUAUCCUAAUUCAGUUGAGACUACAGAGAUCAUAACUUCUUCAAAGCUUAACAAAGCAUGCUUUGGGAGGAAUUAUGAGGUAGACAAAGGGAAACAGAGAUUCAUGUACAAGUUAUUCUGCGAUGGAACAAAGUGGUUGAGACACACAGAGGUUACUAUAGCAGCUGGUUUUGUGGCAUUUGUGCUCUUAUGCGCUCCAUCUGCUGAUGCUGUUGAUGCUCUCAAGACAUGUGCUUGUCUCCUGAAAGAAUGCAGGUUUGAGUUGGCAAAGUGUAUCGCAAACCCAAAUUGUGCAGCCAAUGUUGCAUGUCUCCAGACCUGUAACAAUCGACCCGAUGAGACAGAAUGCCAGAUUAAAUGUGGGGAUCUGUUUGAGAACAGUAUUGUGGACGAAUUCAAUGAGUGUGCAGUCUCUCGAAAGAAAUGUGUUCCUCAGAAGUCUGAUGUUGGGGAUUUUCCUGUCCCUGAUCCUACAGCUCUUGUUCAGAGAUUUAGUAUGGCUGAUUUUAGUGGGAAGUGGUAUAUCAGCAGUGGUUUGAACCCGUCAUUUGAUACUUUUGAUUGUCAAUUGCAUGAAUUUCACCUUGAAUCAAACAAACUCGUUGGGAACUUGUCGUGGCGCAUACGAACCCCAGAUACUGGAUUUAUCACUCGUUCUGCUGUGCAAAGAUUUGUGCAGGAUCCCGUGCAGCCUGGAGUGCUUUACAACCAUGACAAUGAGUAUCUUCAUUACCAAGAUGAUUGGUAUAUCCUGUCCUCCAAGACAGAAAAUGCACAUGAUGACUACAUAUUUGUCUAUUAUCGAGGCAGGAACGAUGCAUGGGAUGGUUAUGGAGGUGCUGUUGUCUAUACCAGGAGCCCAGUCCUACCCGAGAGCAUUGUUCCUGAGCUAGAAAAGGCAUCAAGGAGGGUAGGCAUCGACUUUAACCAGUUCAAAAGAACGGACAACACUUGUGGACCCGAACUACCUCUUGUGGAAAGGAUAGAGAAAACAGUGGAGGAAGGAGAGAGAACCAUCAUAAGAGAGGUGGAAGAGAUUGAAGGUGAAGUCAACCAAGUGGGGAAGACUGAGAUGACAUUGUUUCAGAGGCUGGUAGAGGGAUUUAAGGAACUGAAACAGGAUGAGGAGAACUUGUUGAGAGAGUUGAAUGAGGAGGAGAUGGAAGUUCUUGAUCAACUCAAGAUGGAAGCAAAUGAAGUAGAGAAACUUUUUGGGAGAGCACUGCCACUGAGAAAGCUUAGGUAGUGUGUGCUUUUUUAUUUAUUUAUUUAACAAUCAAUUGUUGGGGCCAUUUAUUUUGUUUGGAAUGUAAGCUCGGGUCUCCUUGUUUUCAUUCUGCUUGUAUACGUCGCUUAUUCUUUUCUCUAAUUGAUUGUUGUAAAAGCUCAAAAAAAAUUGAGUUGAAAUCAAGUUACCUUCCUUCUUAGAAUUUUAAUAUAAGCUGGACAUUAGAAA